CCCUAAAAACUUGAAUUAUUGGGUUUAUGCAUUCACCGGAAGCUAAGAGCGGAAGGAUCGAUCGGAGGGAGGAAGAGAUGGUGGGGCCUGGAAGACCUCAGAUCGUGCUCUUCGGUUCUUCCAUUGUUCAGUUUAGUUUCAUCAAUGGCGGAUGGGGAGCCAUUCUUGCCGAUCUCUACGCUCGCAGGGCUGACAUUAUCCUGCGGGGAUAUGCCGGUUGGAAUUCAAGGUUCGGUUUGCAGGUCAUAGACCAAGUUUUCCCAAAGAAUGCUGCCGUUCAACCUGCAUUGGUGAUAGUCUAUUUUGGUGGGAAUGAUUCGAUGCAUCCUCAUCCAUCAGGCCUAGGUGCUCAUGUCCCUCUACCUGAAUACAUACAAAACAUGAGGAAAAUUGCAGAGCAUCUCUUGAGCCUUUCCGACAAGACCCGGGUCAUCUUUCUCACCUCCCCACCUGUGAACGAGAAACAAAUCCAGGAAUCUAUCGGGGAUGUAGCCCGUGGCCGGAAGAAUGAGCUCUGUCGUAUAUACUCAGACGCGUUGGUAGAUCUAUGCGAAGAGAUCAAUGUCAAAGCUAUUGAUCUUUGGACCGCAUUCCAGCAACAUGACGAUUGGUUGAACACUUGCUUCACGGACGGAAUACAUUUCACGGAGUUGGCGAGUGAGAUUGUGGUGAGGGAGAUACUGAAGGUCCUGAGGGAAGCUGAUUGGAAACCAAACCUUCACUGGAAGUCAUUACCGGUCGAGUUCCCAUUUGAUUUCGGUACACCCAACUCUCCAAGCCUUUUUGACCUGGAAUUAACCAGAAAUAACCACUGGUACUAAACCGGUCCGGUUUUUAGCAUUUUAGUAUUUUACCAGCGAAUUAACCAGAAACAGUCACUGGGUCUAAACAAAAACUGUCACGGUUAUUGGAUGGAGAAAACUUCACAAUAAAUAGGGUUGGAGGAUGUUUGUCAGGGCGUAAGGUUGUCGAUAAUACGUUUCUUCCUGAAAUGUUGUACGACCUAAAUUGUUUACAUAAAAUAAUGUUAUAUGA